AUGAUCCACUUCCCCGCCGAGGUCGUGAAGCAGCUCCCGUUCACGAAGUACACGAUGCUGGCGCAGAUGGCGGCCGAGCACGACGACAUGCUCCCGCUCCCGAUCCCCAAGGCUGCGCUCGCGCAGGCCCUCGAGCUGGCCGACUGCAUGCUCGAGUCGCCCAUCUUUGACGAGCCGACCAAGUCCCAGGUCGGCGCCUGGAAGGCGCUCCUCGUCGAGGAGGCCGGAGACUGGUACCGCACCAAGGAGGCCCUGGGCGAUGUGCCCAUGUACCGCGUCCUUCUCGGCAUGCAGGAGGAGAUCACCCAGCUCCGCCACCAGCUCACGAUGGCCCAGGGCCGUCUCGAUGCGCUCGACGAGGCCCGCUUCAACCACGCCCGCAAGGUUGUUGGUCUCCCGCCCAGCCGCUCGCGCCCGGGUUCGCCGCCCCACGCUCCCCACGCUCCCCGCUACGCUACCCCCGCCGCUAUCGACCGCCUUGGAAGCUAUGGUCUCCGCGACGCCCUCGAGGCGUACCUCGACGAGCAGCCUCCCGAGGAGGCCAGCAAGGAGAGCAUGCGCGCUGCCCUCAAGAUCUGCUGCGGCGUUGAUGCCUAA